UACAGGAGAUGGCUUAAGUAGGAGGACAAGCGAAAGUCCACCCUCCUCCUCCUUCUCCUUCUCUGCUUGCUUGGCGGGAGGACUCCACCUGGCGAGGGCGCCAUCUGCUCCAUGCGCAGCAUCCUUCAUGCCAAUGUAAAACCACCGCCGCCGUCUCUCUCUCUCUCUCUCUCUCUGUGUGAGUGAGUUCGUGUUGUGGAGGCUUGAUUUGGAGCUCAAUCUGCGAAGAACUCGAUCAUGGGUGGCGAAGUCGUCGACUCCGUCGUCUCCAGCGGCUCUCUAUCCGAAGGCGAAGUGUCACUGGACGAGGGCUUCGCUUCGCAAGUUCCCACUCAUUUCAGGGAUGGUCUCAGCGGGAAAAUUGGGAGUGGAACUAUGAAGAAAGAUGAUGUUUAUGGACUUGGGGAUUUUGAGGAGGAGGAUGGCUUGUUUUCUUCUGCUCUAGAAUCUGAAGUUUACUUGCGAAGGAGGAGUAGCGCUUAUAGGGAAGUGCUGGGGAGCUAUGACGACUCGCGGGUUCAUAUCGAAAAUCUGGGUCACGCGAAAAGCAAGAUUCUGAGCUACUACCCUGGAGCAUGGAUCGAGGAAGUAGGCGGUACAAAACCUUUUGACUAUAAUGUGCCAAAGAUGACGUCCCUCCUCUUGAUUGGUCCAAGAGGGUCUGGAAAAAGCAGUCUUGUCAAUAGGAUAUCCAAGUUGCUCGAUGAUGAUAAAUUUGCCUCAGAAAGAGCCCAAGUGUCAUAUAAUUCUUCUGCGGGAGAUGGGACAUACUUCCUCCAGGAGUACAUGAUUCCAAGAGGUUCAACAUCCUUCUGUCUCUACGAUACCCGUAGUCUGUCUACUGACCCCUCCGAAGACAGUAAAAUCAUCAAGCAAUGGAUGACAAAAGGUGUUCGUCAUGGUGAACUUGUCAUCAGGGAAUCAGAUGAUUCAAGUUUAAGGAGGAGAAUGAGGUGCAAAGCUCGCGGGAGUUGCCGUCCAUUCUCAGUUAUAAGGAGGGUGAAUUUUGUGAUAUUUGUCAUUAACGGCCUAACAGUUCUCAAAUCCAUGGACAGUAACCAUGAUGGCCAAUCUCAGUACAUGCAGUUGAUUGCGAAUACCUAUAAUUGCCCAUACUUGUCAUUUAAAGAUGACAAGCCUGUUGUAGUUUUCACACAUGGCGAUCUACUUUCAAUCACUGAACGUGCUCGUUUUCGUGUACACCUGGGAGAGCUGUUUGGCAUCCCUCCUGCAAAACAAAUUUUUGAUAUUCCAGAUAACUCCGAUCUUUUAACGCAAUUCACCAUUGUUGACAUGCUGCGUUAUUGCCUUGAACAUGCUGAUAGAAAUCUUCCUCGUAAGACUUGGAUGUUGAAAAAGGUGUGGAGAGUGCCAGUCUCAGCAUGCUUUUAUCUGGCCCUUAUUGUCGGAAUCGCUAUCAUCGCAGCCUGCAUAAAAAGAACACACCAUGUACAUAAAUCAAAGAUUCACAUCGAUUGGCCUAAAAUUCGGCAUAUGUGGCUGGAAUGAGAAGAUUGCUUUAAUCGUUGCUGCAUCGUCUGCCCCACUCCCACACCUGUGAAUCUGAAGCAAUCACCAAAUGUUUAUUCAUAUAAGACCAGUUGUUGUACAUAUGAGUACCUGCAGAAACUUUAAUAUGCGUGGUUAUGAACAGUUCUUCGUAAUGUAUAAAUUGUAUUUAUGUA